AUGACAUCUUUGAUUUUCGGUUCAAUAUGGUUGGGCCAUAAAGGCCUUGUCAAAGCACGUCGGGACAAACAACGUCGGAAAAACUACGAGCGCUGGGAAGGUCUGCGCGACGAGUAUGACGAGCAAAGGAAGAUAACGAGAGAAUCCAGGUCCCUAGACAUCCAACGCACCGGCGCAUCCUACGUCGAUCCGGAUGCCGACAGACCCAUUCUGACGCUACGAGACCAGCAAGAGGCGAACGAUGCUCGCACGAGUUGGCGGCCCCAAGAGGUCUUCGAUGGUCCAACCUCCCCGGCUGCCCGACGUACCAGCGUUGAAGUCAUUGCAGGUUCGGGCCUGAGAGCUGUCACAACCCACAAAACGGGCUCGACAUGGGACGAAGAACUGCCGCAACCUCUCAAGGUCCACCGGCGGAAUUGGGACGAUCAGGGACCUCCAAACUCGAGCGCAAACGUGAGCAGGAGCGGGAGCGUCAGGAAUGCCAGUGGAGUUUACACACCUCGAGACCGAAGCGCAAGUAAUGCCUCGUCGGUAUCCAAGACGUUCUCUCCUCACGUUGACACUGGCUUGCCAACUGGUGCAUAUCACUCGAGAAAUGUCAGCGCGCCCACAAGUCUCCUCCAGGAAAGCAUCGAACCGAUUGAGAACAAGGUCCCCGGCGGGAAGAUGGCUGAACUGAUUGAGAUGGGAGAAUCGCCACAGCCCUCACCCGUGUCCAGUCCGCAAUUGCAACCAUUUUCCAGUCCCCAACUGCAGCCCUUUUCCGGUCCCCAAUUACAACCCUUUUCCAGUCCCAAGCUGCAACCCUUCAACAGCCCGCCAUCGCAACAAUUCACUGGUUUUCAGACGAACCCUUUUGCGACUCAAGCACCUGUCGCGCAACCAUUUGUUCAGCCUCCAGUUCAGCCUCUCGGCCAACCUUUUGCCCAACCAGUGUCACCAACCUUUCUGCCACCUACGUCUCAACUCGUGGCUCAACCUCUCGGCCAACCUCUCCAACCUCUCAGCCAACCUCAACCCCCAUCAAUUUCAGGGAAUAUGGAAGAAUGGUGGAAUCGUCCCUGA